AUGCCCGAGCCCAAUUGGCGCCCCGGAAAACGGGUCGCUAUUGUUGGAGGAGGACCGGGGUCAAUUUCGGCCGGUCUAGCUUUCAUCAACCGAGGCUAUGACGUUCGUAUCUUCGAGCGACAGCCUGAAUGCAAAGCUAUCGGAGGCGCAGUCUUGCUAUCAACACCUGUCUUGGCUAUUCUACGGUCCUAUGGGAUAGACCCAAAAGAUUUUGGCUCCUAUACAGUGACCUAUUUUAAGAAUAAGUCAGGCUUAGAACGCGUCAAAUUGCCUUUUAACCCCGAUAUCGAGAAAAGUAUGGGUAUAAAAGGCUGGCACUAUGGCGUUCUUCGCUCUUCCAUGUUCAAGAAAAUGCUGGACCUCGUUCCCAACGAUGUUAUCUAUGCCGAUCAUGAGUUCACUUCAUAUAUUGAGCAUGAGGCUGUUUCUCGACAAGCAUUUGGCGAGCCUCAAUUGUUUCAUACUGGAAUCCGACUCUGGCUCGCCUGGUGUGACCAGAUUCCGGAUAUUCCACCCAACUACGGUUUCAUUUCACAUGAUUGGCAACACCAAGCCAGCUUCUUCCCAAUGCUUCAUGAUGGAAAGCCAGGGUUUGAAUGGUGGGUGGUUGAGCCUUCAUGGGAUGGAAAGCCUGUCCCUGAAGACCCUAAAGCCCAUCUUACUGGGAUUCUCGAAGACUGGUCUCAGCCAAUGCCUCGCUUUUUGAAUGCUACAGACUUUGAUACUCAAGUUUAUCGUUGGGAGAUUUUCAACAGACCGUCGAUGAAGAAGUGGUCUAGUGGUCGGGUUGUAUGUCUGGGUGACGCUGUACAUCCAGUCUCACCAUAUGCUGCAUAUGGUAUGGGUAUGGCAAUUGAAGAUGGCUACUUCAUUGCUAAAUUCCUUGAUGGUGUUGACCUACGAAACCAGUCAGCAAUCAGCGCUGGAUUUGAGCUAUAUGAAAAACAAAGAGUCGACUAUGUCAAUCAUAACGUUGAAUUCGCCCGUUUCCUUGGCAGAAUGUUCCAUUGCGUUCCCCGGCCUUUUGCUUGGCUCAGAGAUUGGAUUUUCGACUAUACACCUAUGCUGAGUAACUUCCUCAAAGAUGGCUACCUCAAAAAGUCGGAAGAGGAGACACUUGGCCUCAAAGAGCUUCAAGUGACUUGA